AUGGCUCGCACUAAACAUGCAGCAAAGGAGGCAGCAGCACCCAGGACUCCUGAUAGACCAAGCAAGAGGAUGAGAACGAAAUGUUCUGGCGGUGAUCUCCCUGCAGCCCCUCGAGCCAAAGCCGAACCAGUCGAACCAAACCCUCGAGCUAGUGCCGCAGCCGAACCAACAGUAGAAGUUCGCCAGUCACUUGCACCCUUGGGAUGUGAGGUUUCCUGGGAAAACUUUGCGGAGUGCAAGGCUCACUUUGGCCUUUCUGAAGUCGAAACCAUUCGGGUUUUGACCUCUUUGAUCGGACCUCGGCCCAAAGGAUUUUCCUUGGAGUCCCCACCUUCAAGUGCCACAGCGGCUUCUGUGAAACCUGCUUCCAUGAAACCUGCUCAUGUGAAAAAGGAAGUUGAGCCCAAGCCACCUGCAGCAGCACCUGAAGAGCCACCCAAGAGACGCAGACUGAGACAGAUGGACUACGAGCCUGUCGACAACCAGUUGGGUGAUCCUACGAUGUAUCCCGAGCUGAAACCAGAUGCCUAUACUACGGAUGAUACCACCCUUGAUGAACCUGAAGAUGGUGAAGAAGAAGAGCUGGAGGAUGACAAUGAUGUUGAAGAUGAUGAAGUUGACGUUGCAGCCAAUGGAUCCAACAACGAUGACCAGGACUCUCCCCAGGGUGGUGCUGCUGCAGAGCCAGCUGAAGAAGCCAUUGGCCGUCCAGAGCCUGUGGAACCUGUGGAACCUACCCGUAUCGCUGUUGAGAAGCCUGAUGAUCCCGCAGCAGCAGCCAAGGAGCAGUUGCAAGAAGCCUUGAAGAGCACACCGACCCCAACCCGACAAGGACGUCACGUUGUACAAGCAGAGCGCAUUGACUCUGGAGAAAACCCACCCAUGAAGUCUUUGCGGUUGGGACCUUCUGCUUCAGAAGUUCAUGAGCACAAGUUGGAUGCCCUGGUGAAAUCAUUGAGCCACAUCCAGAGCGUUUUGGAGGACCCUGCGAUGCGCGAGGUGAUUGGGAAUUUGGCCCCACAGCUCUUGGACCUCAACAAGAACCACGAGAUGGCUGAAGCUCAUGCUGGAAAGCCUGCAAGUUCCAAUCCUGGAAAGCGUACUAUGGCACCCCCGGCAGCACCGUCCACCAAGUCAGCAAAGACCAUGGAAAACAAGAAGGAGAUGAAUGGCCCCAAUGAUGAAGACCCUGCCAAGACUUCACCUGCUACCAAGCCUGGACCCACGGUGCCGGAUGAAACUUCGCCUGGAGAGACCGAGAUCAAUUCCAGCACCCACAGGGCCGCCCAUGCACGAUUGGAAAAGCAGCAGCUUCUUCAGCAGUUUGUUCAGCAUGGCGAGAACAUGAAGGCCAUUGAGAUGGACUUGAAAGUGACGAAGGAGCAGGAGGGGGAGACAUGCUUAAAGCGUGAACUGCUGACGAUCAGAGAAAUGAAAGCGAAAGGUUUCAGUCAGGCCAAGAUUGACACCAUCAUUUCACGAUCGACACCCCAUCCUGAUCCUGAUGCCCCUGAAUGUCCAGAAAGCGUACGUUUUUGGGCGACAUCGGGUGGUGAGUUUUCAGAGAAAGAACGCACUCGGGUGACAGCAACAGCCAGUGCACGCGUCGCUCCAUCGGCUACUGGAUUGGCAGGCUUGAUGCAGCAUGAUGUUCCUAGCUCUGGUGCACCUACACCUUGUGGCAAUGGGCCUACUCUCCGGGCUUUGGUGGAUGUUGCCAACAGCACGCCUGCUGCAGAGCCUACUCCUAAGGCGAAAGCGAAGGCGAAAGCUAAGGCAAAGGGCAAAGUUGCGCAGGUGACUCCCAAGACCCCAGCUGAGCAGCGAAACCAGCUCCGGAAAGAGUUGAACAAUGUGAUCAACGUGGGUUCGGAGCUGCCAUCUGACACCCCCAUCCGAGAACAGCCCGUGAAAAAGAAGCAGGAUCUUGAAACUUACAUGGAUGUGCUGAAGGACCAAACGGAUGAAAUGCUGGAUCAGUUCGAAUCGGUCAAAGCCACACGGCUGAUUCGCGCUCAGGCCAAGGCGGUGGCCAAUGAGUUGAAGAAAGACGCUGAGGAGUGA